AUGAGCUUCACCACAUUUGCUGUUGUGAUAACCGUUUUGUUCGGGCAUAUAGCAGCUGAAUUUACAGCACAUUUUAAUAACUUUUUAACGACACGGUAUGGCGAAGAAAUGCAAAAACGGUUGGAACGUCGCGACCUUGGCGGUGGAAUAUUAGGUAGCUUUGGUGGUAAAGUUCAGGACACUGAUAACAUCACUCAUAGACCGAUAAUCUUUGUUCAUGGAGUGACUUCUCGAGCUGGUGUGUUCCAUAGUAGUCGUGACUUUUUUAUUAGUAAGGGUUAUACGCCUGCUGAGCUGUACGCAACAUCGUACGGUGAUGGCGGGGUCACACCAUUUCUGUUCGGAGCAAUCGACUGCGACUUGAUUAAGCAGGUGCGUAAUAUGACAAUUGCUGUGCAUGAAUAUACUGGAAAACAAGUUGAUAUAAUUGCCUGGUCUAUGGGUUCAGCAGUAACUCGAAAAGCGAUCUUAGGCGGACAAUGCACCGAGAAUCAGGAUUAUCUGGGCAACCCAAUCACCAAUUUGGUCGACACAUUUAUUGCAAUCGGUGGAGUAAAUUAUGGUCUCCAAAACUGUCCAAAAUUUUUGCAUGGUUGUAAUUCAAUUAAUUCGAUGCACUGUGAAAGCAAACUUUUGAAAGAACUGAAUUUUCAACCGGAACGUUACGAAGGUACAUAUUCGUAUUCAAUAUUUAGCUUAGGCGAUCCUAUUAUUGGACAAUUCUGCUGUGAUCAUAUAUGCUCGGAUCUUCCAAAUGCUAGUGAAACAUAUGAGAGGCUAAGUCCUGAUCACGUAUCAAUAUUAAUUUAUACAAUGUCACUCCAAUACGAAUUGCUCGACCACUAA